CAUGCGCCGUUGCGUGCUUUGCUUUUGCUGCGCUUGUUUGUGUUCGUGUAUCGUGUUGAUAUCUAGCGAGACGACGGGCAGACGAUCAAAGUUAUUGGCAGCUAGAUUAUUAUUUUAAUGCUUUAAUCAACUUCGACUGGAGGAAAACUCAGGCUUAUCAGGCUUCUCCUUUUUAGUGUUGGACGUUUCAAUCUUGGCGUUGACAAAGGAAAUUUGGCCAACAUGAGUAUCACGAGACUCGAAAUAAAUUUUCGUCGGCUGCUGAACCAAUGUGAACAACUGGCCAAAGACGAUGACACAAAAUCGAGCUGGAGAUUGGACAAAUACAUCUCUGCUUUGGAGGACAUGUUUACAGACCUGGAAAAACACCCAGCAAAAGCCAGUGAGGAACAGAUGGCUGAAUACUCAAAAAGGGUGAAAUUCUUGAAAAACCUUCGAAUGGCGGAUCAACUGCCCACUGUUCCUGAGAAGGUGGCAGCUUCCCAACUGGUCUCCCAUAGCUCUAGUUCUUCUGGCUCAGACUUUACAACUGAAAUUCAACAAAAGACGAGGGCCAAGUAUACAAGCGAACUAAAGGAGCAACUUUUCCAGACAGAAAAAGACUCGGGAGUCCGUCAAAGGUCUGCCCGACAGUCAACAACAGGCGACGACAUGGACGCUCUGCUCAAGUACCACCACUCCAUGCAGGAGAAAAUCGCUGACGACAUGCUGUCACUGACUAAAAAUUUGAAAGAGCAAACCAUUCUUGCUAAUUCAAUCAUCAAAAAGGACAUAAAAGCUGCAGAGCAGUCACAAUCAUUGUCAGAUCAAAACACUGCGCGCCUGAAAACCGAGUCAGAUAAGCUGCAAGAGCACAGCAAGCGGGCGUGCAAAUGUUGGCUCUGGCUGAUGAUCAUCGUGGUCAUCUCGGUGUUUAUUGCCAUGGUGCUCUUCAUGAAGUUGAUGAAGAAAAAGAGCUACUAAAUGUGACAAACAAAGGACCAGGACAUUUUACCAGGGCUUAUUAAGUGUGUAAAGUGUGCGUACAAUUAUUAUAACGAAUAUAUUGUUCAUGUUGUGUGAUGCUGUAUGUUCCAAAGUAAUUUGGUUUGUGAUCUAUUUUAAUUUGCCAUAAUACAAGAAUAGAGGUGACCUUAGGAGAUUACUGCAUAAACAUUUAAUAGUCAAGUCAUUCCACGCUGGAUGUUGAUGUCGUUUUAUAUUUAAUAAAAUAUUUGCUAUCAUGUGAUUCGCAAAACCUUUUAGUAUGAUUGGGACAAUAAUGCUCGACCAGUUCUGUCUUUUUGUAUUUUGAAUAAAAGCUGCAAUCAUAGAACCCAAGUAAA